CUCUACUGUUUGAUUAGCUCAAAAGGUCUUCUCACCUGCGAAUAUUGCCAUGGCUUUCGUGCUGCUUCAAAUGCUAGUAUUACCAUUCUUUGCAACCAUCAUGGCGGCACCAUUGCCUCAAGGCAAUGACCAUGGAGACGGUAAUGAUGCCCGCGUUGUCGUGCUGAAGUCUCGGCCUACCCGCCACUUUGUCAGGGCAUCUCACGGUGAUCAAAUGUUUCACGCCAACAUGAAGAAGUGUACGGACAAAGCGUGGUUCAACUUUCGACCGACUCUGUUGAACGGCGAGAACGUCCACACUAUUCAGAAUAACCACUCCGGCCUGUACUGGUCAGCCGAGAAUCAAGACACUUUACGUGCGGCCAACAAGGUGUCCCUUGAUGCCAGCGAAGAUGCUGCGGCAUUCUUCAUCAUCCACACAGAUGCCAAUGCUAACCUAGAAUUCGAAAGCGUCAAGUACCGUGGACAGUAUGUGGCUGUACUCACUACAGCUCAUUCUCACAGUCGACUGGUCCUAAAGACCAAAUCACAACUACGCCUGAAUGACCCAACUGUUGGAUUUCUCUACUCGUACCACCAUUCCCAGCAUAUGUGUGCCUCUACUAAAGAUCAUGAUAGUCAUACUGAUAAGAAUCCCAUCCAAAAACACAAUGACCCGGUAUCAAACCCAGACCGGUCCAAUGACGUUGUGAAAGACUAUCUUCGAGAAGCCCUUCUGAACAGACGGCAGUCCAAGAAAACUGUGAAGGUCCAUCACGAAAUCCGUACUGCUGCACCUCAGACGACGUCUAUCCCAACAACACAGCCUGUGGAGGACACGGGUGAGCUGACAGAUGCGGAACUAUUUGCCCUCCUAGGAUGGUUUUGAUUUGCGACUUUUUAUCUAGAAUGACUUUACCUUUGAGUUCUAAAUUAUUUUGACCUCCUUCUCCAAAACGUUUUUAUUGUAUUAUGCACACAAGUCAAAGAGCAUCACGCACCAUCCAGUUGUAGCUAUUAGUUGCAUCUCCACCGGCAAUCAUCAGAGAGGUGAUCUAUUUAUAUGAUGCAGUGAAUUUAUUUAUUUCCAUUUGAAGUUGAAGAGUUGGGAAAUUGCUAACAUAAGGUUUCGCUUGAUAUAAAUGCAAAUGUAUAUGUGUGUCAGCCCUUGAAUACUGCUAUAUAUCUAUGACAGUGAAUCUUACUUUCUGGUCCUUGAUAUCAUAAUAAAUUAUUACCUGAAUAUUUAUCGCAGCCACUAUCUCGAAAUGUAACCUCAGAUACAUGUACAUGUUUAUAUCGGGCAGGUUCCUGCUGUAGCAUACAUGUAGCCAUAAGUAUUCAUCUCUGACAGGUGUGUAGGAACGCUUGAUACUUUUGUUCGCUAAGUAUAGCCUGUCUGUGUACAUGUACUACUCAUCCAUUCACAACUUAUCACUAUUUGUAAUCCGUAUUCCUUACAGUUUCAUCAACUCCAACAACUUGACCAUUACUUUUCUUCUUUUAUUCACCAUGGUUGGUUAACACCCACAUCUCCCGUACUGGCUGAU